AUGGGCAUGUUCUCGAGAUCUGAAAAACCUCCACGAGACGACGAUGUUGUUGGCUACCAAAAGCCUAAACCGACCGGUCUUCGAAUAUUCACAGCACUGAGCUAUCUAAUAGCAUUAAUCUUUCUUAUCCUCGUUGAGAUCGGAAAUAUUAAUGACAAGCCCGUUAUCCGAGAUACAUAUUUUCUGAAGAUCGACCUGGCCAACAUUAUUCCUGCAUCAGUACCGAAUGCCGUAUUCAUAAAUUCCAUUGCUCAAUCCAUCGGACUGCAUGAUUUUUACCAAGUCGGACUCUGGAACUUCUGCGAGGGAUAUGCCGGUCAGGGAAUCACUCAUUGUUCGCCGACACAAACCCUGUACUGGUUCAACCCCGUCGAAAUCAUUCUCAACGAGCUUUUGGCAGGAGCUUCCAUAACGCUGCCCACGGAAAUCGUCGAUGUCCUUAACUUGGUCAAGCUUGCCAGCACAUGGAUGUUCGCAUGUUUCCUCAUUGGCACGAUAUUGACGUUCCUCUGCAUCUUCCUCGCACCAUUGGGAUUCUCCAAGAAACCGCGAUGGCAGCAUAAAGCUCGCCGUAUCUUCUUGCGCCAGCUCCCAAUCACGAUCAUAACGUUUGCAUCGUUACUGUUCACUGCUGUGGGCUCGGUGAUUGCAACUGUCAUGUUCGUCAUCUUCAAAGACAAGGUCUCCGUAGCGGAAGACUUGAACAUUCGAGCGAGUUUGGGAAUCCCGAUGUUGGCGUUCAUGUGGAUAGGGACGGGGUUUAAUUUGCUCGGAUUCUUGAUGCAAGUUGGUACCUGCUGCGGCGUCUGUUGCUGUACGGGCAAGAGGAAGGCUAUCAGGAAGAGUCAGGUCAACCCUGGAGUUGAUACCCGUGAGAAGGAGUCGAUGGGAAGCGGAUCAAGAUCACCUGGACGCUUCGGCUUCAGGAGACGCAACCAUUAA